AUGGCACAAAAGUACUUCUUAUUAAUAUUAUUCGUAUGUGUACUAUUGUUAUUAAUUAAAGAUGUACAUACUCAACAACCAGAUGUUACCGUUCGAAUCAGUAAUAUGACUCAAUCAAUGACACAAGAUGCAAUACGUAUUACUAAAGAAGCAUUUAUUAAAUUUAAUGGUUAUACAGUAAAAUCUCGUUCAUCAAUUGCUAAAUAUAUUCAUUAUCAAUUCGAUCAUUUACAUAAGCCAUCAUGGCAAUGUAUCAUUGGAAGAGAUUUUGCACUGUCUAUUGCUUCGGAAAAUGAAAAACGUAUUAUACUCGAUGUUGGUAAAAUUACUGUACUCAUUUUUAAAGGAAAAUGUUAA